AUGUGGCCCGAGUAUGUCGGCGUCUUCUUCGGUUUGUGUGAUACGCGUGUCGUCUUGGGAAACUCCGGCAAUCGACUCUCCAGUUACGUGUGCGCGGUAGCUUGGCUUAUCUUAGUUGGCAGAGCAGCACUCUUUCAUGCCGGAGUGUCAGUGAGGUCAACAUCCCGUCUCGCCACCACAUUCCCGAUGCAGGAGCUCACGCCAGGCGGAGCCCUGCUGGGAUCACACGAAGCCAUAACGCUCCACCGUUUCAAGGCGAGCUCGGACCAAAAGGGAUCAGGGAUGGGCGAUGUAAGUCGCAAGCUUUCACAGGAGUUGGUAAGCUCCGGCGCUAGCCACGACCGAAAGCUGCUGGUGAGAGUUAUGGUGCAGGGCACCUAUUUGCUACAGGUUUUGCCAUUGACUCGGAUGCGAGGAGCGUUCAUGUCCUACUCUACCAUCGCGCGCCGAGGUCUGACAUCGGACGAAGUCCACCGAGUUGACAGUUCAGACAGCAAGAAAGACUUCUGGGCACUUACUCGGAGUUCGUCCCCUCUGUGCCAGCAGCAACUUCCAGCAAAUGCCAAGCAGGAUGUGGUAGGUGCAUGCGUUGAACAAGGGGCCGAAUUCCUCGGUGCCGUCGCCGUGACCAACUUCGAGAACCGGCGCCUACGCUUGGUACAGCCAGAUGAUGCCGUGGGAAGCUUCCUUCACCUGGCCCUGCCGAACCUCAUCAUCCACGAAAUUGACCAGUGGAGCCCUUUGUGCCCAGAGGCAAAGAGAGCUACAUUCCCAGGCCCAUUCGCGUUCAACCCUGACCACAAUGCUUCCAGCUCCUCCACCUGCAAGGGGUGGUCCUUGACAAAGUACCAGAUAGAGGAACAUCUCAGCCAAAAUCGCGUCGAGGUCGUCUCCUUGAUCGAGGGAAUGGAGCCCAUUACAUCUGCAUGCACCCAGGGACGCAUGUCCUAUUCCUACGUGCUGGAGGAUGUGCUGUUUGAUUGCGCGUUCGCCCCCUGCGUGCUGCGUGAUCCAGCUGGCACACUUACAGUGGAUUUCAACCGCUUUCAGGAGUUGAUCCCUGCUCCGGCAGCACAGUCAAUGUACGACAUCUUGCCCGGAGGCUGUGGAGGCUGA